UUGGGAAGGACGGGCUGUAACAUUGAAUCAAUUACUGGUCGCUGUAGCUCAAGCACAUUGUGAGCGCGGCAGUGAACGCAGACGGAGGGGCGCACAUAUGCUAGCUCUCACAGUGAAGGAUCGUGGCCAUAGGAUUACUACCACUGCAACACAAUUGAGUAGAGGAGCCUUCACUGAGGCGACCGGAGCGCUUUUAUGCUCCUGAUUUCAUUCUAUUGGGAUUUAAAACCAAGACACAUAAUCCAAGGGAAUUUAAGAGCAGAAUUAACCAUCCGUGACCAUGGAUGAAAUGAAGACAUGUCUCAUCAUUGGGGUUUUCUUGUUUGGGUUGUUAUCAGUUACCCGCGGGCUGGCCACCCCGACCAUUGUAUCAACUGAAGAUGAGUUUGUUCUCGAGCCGCUCUCUGUGUUCAACAUCAGCUGCACUGGUAAAAGGAACGUUGCUUGGGUCGAGCCCCUACCGGACGACACAUUCGUUUUGCCUGGAUAUUACACCUCCACGCUCUUCAUCUACAACGCUUCUGUGACACACACCGGAUAUUACUCCUGCAAAUACCAAGACAAAGAGGGCGAUGAUGAGGUGGAUGGCGUAGCCAAUGAUGCUUUCAUAUACGUUUUCGUCCCAGAUCCUGAGAUUCCAUUUGUGCCUGAGGAGCCAGAUCGCAUGCUAGUCCCAGUCUAUCCCAAUAGAACCAUCAUCCCAUGCAGGGUGUCAGACCCUCAAUCCCAGGUGGUCCUAAAGAGCGCUCCCAAUGGAGUAGAGGUGGACGCAGUUUAUAAGAACAAGAUCGGCUUCAUUGGCAACCUGGACGCUGGAUUGUACAUCUGUGAGACCACCGUGAACAGCAUGACAAUUACGAGUGACACUUACACCGUGGAGGUCAACAAACAGAUAGAGAACGUCCAUGUGGAGGUGAAGGCCAGCGAAGAGGCAGUGAGAUUGGGGGAACCCUUCAACAUCACCUGUGUGGCACCUCCAGGACUGCCCAACCAGCAGCAGUGGCUCCACCCCAGGAAACAGGCUGUGGAUGCAGUCCAGAUGAAACAGACUCUGCCUGAUAGAGUGGUCUACACCCUCAGUAUCCCAGCAGCCACCUCUCAGGACAGUGGGGUGUAUGAGUGUUCCAUCACCAACAACUUCAGUGGAGAGAUCAGAGCCAACAGGGUGGCUGUCACUGUCUUUGAAGAGAACACCUUUGUGAUGUUGGACCACAGUGGGAUUGGAGUGGUGGAGUUUGUCAGUAUGAUGGAGGAGACAGAGUUCACCAUCAGUAUUGAAGCCUUCCCUGCUCCUAAAGUCACCUGGCUGAAAGAUGGCAUCGCCAUCACUGAGAACAGCUACUUCCUCACCAAGACCAGUCGUCUGGAGGGGAACAAGCAUCAGAGCACUCUGACUCUUCGGCAGCCACUAGAGGAGGACAGUGGUAACUACACCAUCAUGGUCCUCAGCAUCCCUCACACUGCCCAGUUCUCAUUCACCCUCAAAGUGAAAGCCUCAGCCCCAGUGCUGUUCCAACCAGCCUCAGCUCCGGUGCUGAUCCCCCAGAGAGAGGAGAUGGUUGUUCCCCUCCACACCCCCUUCACUCUGACUUGCAAGGGCGAGGCCGAACUGGCCUGGGACACACCCGUCUACCUAUCAGAGCAGACAGAGGAGGACAACAGUGGCCUGUUCGUCACCACGGUUACCGUAGAGAACGCCACUGCGGCAAACACUGGUUUCUACACCUGCUUCUACAACGGAGGGAACUCCACUGAGGAGGGAGAGGACAGCAGCAUCUACAUAUAUGUGCCAGAUCCAGAGGUGCCCUUUGUCCCCUCUCUGGUGCCCUUUGGAAACCACGUCCUGAAUGGUCAUGAUGAGAUGGAGAUCCAGUGUCGCGUGUCAGACCCCGGUGCCAAUGUGACCCUGGUCAACACGGAUACCCAGCAGGCCGUGCCCAUGACUGUCUACGACAGCAAGAGGGGUGCCGUGGGCUUCUUCAGCGCAGGAACCUAUGUCUGCAAGGCCCUCGUCAAUGGAGAGGAGCACCUCAGUGAGGAGUACAUCGUCCACGGCUGGGCAGGGGGGUCGGAGCUGCGUGUGGAGCUGAAGGCCCUGAAGACUGCUCUCUUGGUGGGAGACACCAUCACUGUCACCUGUGUGGCCCGGGGGUCUGAGAUACUGGAAGACCACUGGAAGUACCCUGGAAAACUGGUGAACCGUGGCUUGAAGUCGGUGCAUGAGAAUAAGAGGGACCAGGAGAUCCAGUACAUCAUGACUGUCCCCCAGGCCUCAGCCAAAGACAGCGGCAUCUACGCCUGCUCCAUUACUGACAUCAUCAGCAACGAGAGCCAGACCAAGGAGCUGGCCAUCACUGUCUAUGAGAGCCCAUUUGUGUCGCUGCGCCCUGUGUUCAGUUCUCAGGAGUCAGCAGACCUGGAUGAGAGCAGAGAGUUCCGGGCCGACAUCGACUCAUUCCCCAGCGCCCAGAUCACAUGGCUCAAAGAUGGCCUCCCCCUCAACUAUGUGGCGGCUGAGAUAACCAACAGCCUCCAGCAGCUCAGCGAGACCAGGUACCUGAGUGUUCUGACCCUGAUCCGGGCCAAGGAGGAGGACAGUGGGAACUACACCAUCAGAGUGCAGAACGGGAACCAGACGCACAGCCACAGCUUCAGCCUGCAGGUCAAAGUACCUGCAGUCAUUGUGGACCUGAUGGACCUCCACCAUGGCUCAGCCUCAGGCCAGUCUGUAGUGUGUAUCGCUGGAGGCAUGCCCACUCCUGAGGUGGAGUGGUUCAUCUGCAAGAACAUCAAACACUGCGCCAAUGACUCAUCUCAGUGGGUGCCCCUGCCAACAAACGACACAGAUAUCACUGUGGAAUCACAUUUUGAUCAGGACAACCAGCUGGAGAGCCAGGUGAUCUUCGUGCGUCUUGAGAACACUCUGGCCGUCCGCUGCCUGGCCAGGAACGAGAUGGCCGCCGUCAGCAGGGAGGUGAAGCUGGUGUCACAAGGCCCCCACUCUGAGCUGCCUGUAACUGCUGCUGUUUUGGUGCUGCUGGUCAUUGUCAUCAUCUCACUCAUUGUCCUGGUCAUUAUCUGGAAACAGAAGCCUCGCUAUGAGAUCCGCUGGAGGGUGAUAGAGUCAGUGAGCCCUGAUGGCCAUGAGUACAUCUACGUUGACCCCAUGCAACUGCCCUAUGACUCCAGAUGGGAGUUCUCUCGCGAUGGGCUCGUACUGGGUCGAGUUCUGGGCUCUGGGGCGUUUGGGAAGGUGGUGGAGGGAACUGCAUAUGGACUCAGCCGCUCCCAGCCCGUCAUGAAGGUGGCUGUGAAGAUGCUGAAACCCACGGCCCGCUCCAGUGAGAAACAGGCCCUGAUGUCAGAGCUGAAGAUCAUGACUCACCUGGGCCCUCACCUCAACAUCGUCAACCUGCUGGGGGCCUGCACCAAGUCAGGCCCCACCUACAUCAUCACUGAGUACUGCUUCUAUGGAGACCUGGUCAACUACCUGCACAAGAACAGAGAGAACUUCCUCAGCUUGCACUCAGAGAAGACCAAGAAAGACCUGGACAUAUUUGGCAUAAACCCUGCAGACGAGAGCAGCAGGAGCUAUGUGAUCCUGUCCUUUGAAAGUGGUAAAGGGGACUACAUGGAAAUGAAGCAGGCAGACACCACGCAGUACGUGCCCAUGCUGGAGAUGAGUGAUGCCUCCAAGUACUCUGACAUCCAGAGGUCUGAAUAUGACCACCCACCAUCACAGAAGGGUGAUAAUGAGAUGGACAGCCUGCUGUCAGAAGACGGCAACGAGGGCCUCAGCACCACAGACCUGCUCAGCUUUACCUACCAGGUGGCCAGAGGCAUGGAGUUCCUGUCCUCUAAGAACUGUGUGCAUCGGGACCUGGCUGCUAGGAACGUCCUGCUCUCUCAGGGGAAGAUAGUGAAGAUCUGUGACUUUGGCCUGGCCAGAGACAUCAUGCAUGACAACAACUAUGUCUCCAAAGGCAGUACCUUCCUGCCAGUGAAGUGGAUGGCUCCUGAGAGUAUCUUUGACAACAUGUACACCACCCUCAGUGAUGUCUGGUCCUACGGCAUCCUCCUCUGGGAGAUUUUCUCUCUAGGUGGCACCCCAUACCCAGGGAUGGUAGUGGACUCCAGCUUCUACAACAAGAUCAAGAGUGGCUACAGGAUGGCCAAACCUGAGCACGCCCCCGCUGAUGUGUAUGAGAUGAUGAUAAAGUGUUGGAACAGUGAGCCUGAGAAGAGGCCUUCCUUCCUCAGCCUGAGUGAGAGUGUGGCUUCACUGCUGCCCUCCGGCUACAAGAGGUGCUUCGAGAGGGCAAGCCAUGAGUUCCUGAAGAGCGACCAUCCAGCAGUGACCAGGGUCCAGGUGGAGAGUGAUGACACCUACAUUGGGAUCACCUAUAAGAGUCAGGACAAGUUGAAGGACAGGGAGAGUGGCUUCGACGAGCAGCGCCUCAGCUCUGACAGCGGUUACAUUAUCCCCCUCCCCGACCUGGACCCUCUGUCUGAUGAUGAGUAUGUCAAGAGGAACCGCCACAGCUCUCAGACAUCUGAAGAGAGUGCCAUAGAGACAGGCUCCAGCUUCACGCUGGCCAAGAGAGAAGGAGAGACCCUGGAGGACAUCAGCCUGUUGGAUGAGAUGUGUUUGGACUCAGAGCUGGUGGAAGACAGUUUUCUGUGAAAGGCCUGGAGAAGCCAAAAGUCUGCUAAAGAGAGGGAGAGAGGGGGGAGAAAAACACCUGAACACAGACUCUCAGACCACCCAAAGACCCCUCCUCGCAACCCCCUAUCUCGAACCCUCCUCAUCCUCCGCCCAUACACCUCCAUUCCUCUCAGGAGGACAGAGCAAAACCACUUCAUGGCUUGGACGAGUCUGUGGCCAGAUCAUGGUACGCCUGCCGUUUUCCUCACCAGACUGACAGCACCCCUUGUGGGGCUGGAGGGACGAGCAGCAUGGAUGGAUGCUACACUAAUGACUCAUCACUACCAUGUGGUUACAGAGUCUCUAUGGAACGGUAGUGUUGGAUGGGAAUAAGAGCACAUGAGGAGAAACAUGGAGGAAGAUUUUUAUAUAAACGUAUAAAACCUUAUUGUAAUGGGCAUUCCGAACAGCAUCAUAAGCAAGGAUGGAUGGAGGGAUCAGAAUGCAUCAGGCGUGAAAGUCAAAGACCCAGAAUGACGGGCAGUUUAUCUCAGCCAUGCAGAACCACUACAGACAGACCCACUAUUUAAACCACAUCACACCAGUGCCAGCAAACAGACCAGUAUGAGGCCAGCUACACAACAGACAGCUGUACUUCACAACUCACCUACCUGCAGAAUAUGUACUACAGUAUAUCUGAUGCUGGCACAAUCAGUAGCAAUACACUGAUUAAAAAACAUGUUUUUGUACUUGCCCAUAUGGCAUAUGUUGUCAAUAGCAGUACAAUUUUUUUUUUGCCUGGUUGAAUAACCAGGCAAGUCAGCUAUAUAUGUAUAUAUAACUGACUUGCCUGGUCAGUUAAAAUAACAAAUUCUUACAAUGAUGGCCUAACCCGGCCAAACCCGGACGAUGCUGGGCCAAUUGUGUGCUGCCCUAUGGGACUCCCAAUCACAGCCGAAUGUGAUUCAGCCUGGAUUCAAACCAGGGACUGUAGGGACACCUCUUGCACUGAGAUGCAGUGCCUUAGACUGCUGCUCCACUUGGGAGCCUAAGUGUGUGUGCGUGUGUAUAUAUAUAUACACACACAUACAUACACUGGGGGGGAAAAAACAUUUCAAGGAUUUCACUGAAUUACAGUUCAUAUAAGAAAAUCUGUCAAUUUCAAUGAGUUGAUUAGGCUUUAAUCUAUGGAUUUCAUAUGGGUGGGCCUUGGAGGGCAUAGGAGCCAGGCCCAAUCAAUCCCAAUCAAUCAGAACGUCCCCCCCCCCCCCCCCUGUAGAAGCCAGAUGUGGAGGUCCUGAGCUGGUGUGGCUACACAUGUUCUGCGGUUGUGAGGCCGGUUGAACGUACUGCCAAAUUCUCAAAAAAACAUUGGAGGCAGUUUAUGGUAGAGAAAUUAACAUUCAAUUCUCUGGCAACAGUGCUGAUGGACAUUCCUGCAGUCAGAAUGCCAAUUGCACGCUCCCUUAAAACUUGAGACAUCUGUGGCAUUGUGUUGUGACAAAACUGCGCAUUUUAAAGUGGUCUUUUAUUGGCCCCAGCACAAGGUGCACCUGUGUAAUGGUCAUGCUGUUUAAUCAGCUACUUGAUAUGCCACACCUUUCAGGUGGAUGGAUUAUCUUGGCAAAGGAGAAAUGCUCACUAACAGUGGCGUAAACAAAUUUGUACACAAACAUUUGAAAAAAGAGCCUUUUUGUGCGUAUGGAACAUUUCUGGGAUUUUUUAUUUCCGCUCAUGAAACAUGGGACCAACACUUUACAUGUUGCAUUUAUAUAUUUGUACACACUAUAUAUACAAAAAUAUGUGGACAGCCCUUCAAAUUCGUGGAUUCGGCUAUUUCGGCCACACCAGUUGCUGACAGGUAUCAAAUCUAGUACACAGCCAUGUAAUCUCCAUAGACAAACAUUGGCAGUAGAGUGGCCUUACUGAAGAGCUCAGUGACUUUCAACGUGGCACCGUUAUAGCUGUCCCGGUAAUUGUAAGUGCUGCUAUUGUGAAGUGGAAACGUGUAGGAGCAACAACGGCUCAGCCGCGAAGUGGUAAGCCACACAAGCUUACAGAAUGGGACUGCAGAGUUCUGAAGCGCAUAGCGCGUAAAAUCGUCUGUCCUCGGUUGCCACAUUCACUACUGAGUUCCAAAAUGCCUCUGGAAGCAGCGUCAGCACAAGAAUUGUUCGUCGGGAGCUUCAUGAAAUGGGUUUCCAUUGCCGAGCAGCCGCACAAGCCUAAGAUCACCAUGCGCAAUGCCAAGUAUCGGCUGGAGUGGUGUAAAGCUCGUUGCCAUUGGACUCUGGAGCAGUGGAAACGCGUUCUCUGGAAUGGUGAAUCACGCUUCACCAUCUGGCAGUCCAACGGGCGAAUCUGGGUUUGGUGGAUGCCUGGAGAAUGCUACCUACCCCAAUGUGUAGUGUCAACUAUAACGUUGGAUGAGGAAUAAUGAUCUGGGGCUGUUUUUCAUGGUUCGGGCUAAGCUCUUAGUUCCAGUGAAGGGAACUCUUAACGCUACAGCAUACAAUGACAAGGUUUGGGGAAGGCCCUUUUCUGUUUCAGCAUGACGACACCCCAUGCACAAAGCGAGGUCCAUACAGAAAUGGUUUGUUGAGAUCGGUGUGGAAAAACUUGAGUGGCCUGCACAGAGCCCUGACCUCAAUCCCCUCGAACAGCUUUCGGAUGAAUUGAAACACAGACUGAAAGCCAAGCCUAAUCGCCCAAAAUCAGUGCCCGACCUCACUAAUACUCGUGGCUGGAUGGAAGCAAGUCCCCGCAGCAAUGCUCCAACAUCUAGUGGAAAGCCUUCCCAGAUGAGUAGAGGCUGUUAUAGCAGGAAAGGGGGACCAACUCCAUAUUAAUGCCCAUUAUUUUGUAAUGAGAUAUUCACAUACUUUUGUAGUGAAUAGUGUAGUGUGUGUAUUUAUAUAAAUAAAAUUGUAUUUGUCACGUGCCCGAAUACAACAGGUAGACCUUACAGACCUUACAGUGAAAUGCUUACUUACAAGCCCUAAACCAACAAUGCAGUUAAAAAAUAAAAGUAACAAAUAAUUAAAGUGCAGCAGUAAAAUAACAAUAGCGAGGCCAUAUAUAGGGGGUACAGAGUCAAUGUGUGGGGGCACCGGUUAGUCGAUGUAAUUGAGGUAAUAUGUAAACUCAGCAAAAAAAGAAACGUCCUCUCACUGUCAACUGCGUUUAUUUUCAGCAAACCUGACGUUUAUUUUCAGCAAAUGUGUAAAAUAUUUGUAUGAACAUAAGAUUCAACAACUGAGACAUAAACUGAAACUGAACAAGUUCCACAGACAUGUGACUAACAGAAAUUGAAUAAUGGGUCCCUGAACAAAGGGAGGGUCAAAAUCAAAAGUAACAGUCAGUAUCUGGUGUGGCCACCUGCUGCAUUAAGUACUGCAGUGCAUCUCCUCCUCAUGGACUGCACCAGAUUUGCCAGUUCUUGCUGUGAGAUGUUACCCCACUCUUCCACCAAGGCACCUACAAGUUCCCAGACAUUUCAAGGGGGAAUGGCCCUAGCCCUCACCCUCCGAUCCAACAUGUCCCAGACAUGCGCAAUUGGAUUGAGAUCCGGGCUCUUUGCUGGCCAUGGCAGAACACUGACAUUCCUGUCUUGCAGGAAAUCACGCUCAGAACGAGCAGUAUGGCUGGUGGCAUUGUCAUGCCGGAGGGUCAUGUCAGAAUGAGCCUGCAGGAAGGGUACCACAUGAGGGAGGAGGAUUUCUUCCCUGUAACUCACAGCGUUGAGAUGGCCUGCAAUGACAACAAGCUCAGUCCGAUGAUGCUGUGACACACUGCCCCAGACCAUGACAGACCCUCCACCUCCAAAUCGAUCCCGCUCCAUAGUACAGGCCUUGGUGUAACGCUCAUUCCUUUGACGAUAAACGUGAAUCCGACCAUCACCCCUGGAGAGACAAAACCGAGACUCGUCAGUGAAGAGCACUUUUUGCCAGUCCUCUCUGGUCCAGCGAUGGUGGGUUUGUGCCCAUAGGCAACGUUGUUGCCAGUAAUGUCUGGUGAGGACCUGCCUACCUCUGUCAGUCCAGGCUCUAUCAGCCUAUUGCGGACAUUCUGACCACUGAUGGAGGGAUUGUGCGUUCCUGGUGUAACUCAGGCAGUUGUUGUUGCCAUCAUGUACCUGUCUCGCAGGUGUGAUGUUCGGAUGUACCGAUCCUGUGCAGGUGUUGUUACACGUGGUCUACAACUGCGAGGAUGAUCAGCUGUCUGUCUUGUCUCCCUGUAGCGCUGUCUUAGGCGACUCACAGUACAGACAUCGCAAUUUAUUGCACUGGCCACAUCUGCAGUCCUCAUGCCUCCUUGCAGCAUGCCUAAGGCACGUUCACGCAGAUGAGAAGGGACCCUGGGCAUCUUUUUUUGGUGUUUUUCAGAGUCAGUAGAAAGGCCUCUUUAGUGUCCUAAGUUUUCAUAACUGUGACCUUAAUUGCCUACCGUCUGUAAGCUGUUAGUGUCUUAAUGACCGUUCCACAGGUGCAUGUUCAUUAAUUGUUUAUGGUUUAUUGAACAAGCAUGGGAAACAGUGUUUAAACCGUUUACAUUGGAUUUUACGAAUUAUCUUUGAAAGGCAGGGUCCUGAAAAAGGGAUGUUUCUUUUUUUGCUGAGUUUACAUGUAGGUAGAAUUAUUAAAGUGACUAUGCAUAGAUAAUAACAGAGUAGCAGCAGCGUAAAAGAGGGGUGGCAAUGCAAAUAGUCUGGGUAGCCAUUUGAGUAGAUGUUCAGGAGUCUUAUGGCUUCGGGGUAGAAGCUGUUUAGAAGCGUCUUGGACCUAGACUUGGCGCUCCGGUACCUCCUGCCGUGUGGUAGCAGAAGACAGUCUAUGACUUGGGAGCGAGGAAGUCUUUGAAAAUUUUCAGGGCCUUCCUCUGACACCUGGUAUAGAGGUCCUGGAUGGCAGGAAGCUUGGUCCCAGUGAUGUACUGGGCCGUACACACUAGCGCUCAACCUGCUCCACUACAGCCCCGACGAUUAGAAUGGGGGAGUGCUCGGUUCUCGUUUUCCUUUAGUCCACAAUCAUCUCCUUUGUCUUGCUCAUAUUGAGGAAGAGGUUGUUGUCCUAGCACCACUGCCAGGUCUUUGACCUUCUUGCUAUAGGCUGUCUCAUUAAUAUUGGUGAUCAGGCCUACCACUGUUGUGUCAUCGGCAAACUUAUUGAUAGUGUUGAAGUCGUGUUGUGUGUGUGUGUGUGUGUGUGUGUGUGUGUGUGCGUGUGUGUGUGUGUGUGUGUGUGUGUGUGUGUGUGUGUGCAUGCGUGAAUAAUGGGUUGAGGAAGGUGAUGAUAUACAGUGCCUUGCGAAAGUAUUCGGCCCCCUUGAACUUUGCGACCUUUUGCCACAUUUCAGGCUUCAAACAUAAAGAUAUAAAACUGUAUUUUUUUGUGAAGAAUCAACAGCAAGUGGGACACAAUCAUGAAGUGGAACGACAUUUAUUGGAUAUUUCAAACUUUUUUAACAAAUCAAAAACUGAAACAUUGGGCGUGCAAAAUUAUUCAGCCCCCUUAAGUUAAUACUUUGUAGCGCCACCUUUUGCUCCGAUUACAGCUGUAAGUCGCUUGGGGUAUGUCUCUAUCAGUUUUGCACAUCGAGAGACUGAAAUUUUUUCCCAUUCCUCCUUGCAAAACAGCUCGAGUUCAGUGAGGUUGGAUGGAGAGCAUUUGUGAACAGCAGUUUUCUGUUCUUUCCACAGAUUCUCGAUUGGAUUCAGGUUCUUCACAAAAAAAUACAGUUUUAUAUCUUUAUGUUUGAAGCCUGAAAUGUGGCAAAAGGUCGCAAAGUUCAAGGGGGCCGAAUACUUUUGCAAGGCACUGUAGGUUUUAAUUGAAGAAUACAGCUAUCUUCACCUGGCUUGUAACUUUACCACUCUCCAAAAGACAACAUUUGUACACCAAUAUGUAAACCAUUGUCUCUCUUUCACAUACAGAGGUAUGUUUAGGAAAGGCCCCAGUUGGAUUGUAAUGUAAAUAGUGGUAGAGUGUUUUUAUAUUUGAGAGAAGAACUGGAGGUAACAUGCCAGUAUUAUAUGCAACUUAUGUGCAGCUCCAUUUGAACAUGUGAAACCCAUCUUUCAACAACCAUUAGGAUAUUACAAAAAUAAUAAUAAUAAUAAUAUCUGUUACAUCUUGGAAUCUGUCAUUUAUGUACAUUUUGAAAUGGGAAUAUGUUUUAUUCAAAUUGUAAAAUGAACUCAAGCUAAGUAUGAGUGACAUUGAACCUGGGCGAAAAUACAUUUGUGUUAGUACAGCAUGCAAGAACAUUUAUUUUUCAAGCUUUGAGAUUAUGCCAUUGUAAUAAUAAUAAUGCAUUUAUGUUAAUAAUAAACACAGAGCAUUAUUUGCUGCAGAUAAUGGAAGAGAACCAGAGAGAAAAACCACAUAGUCAUCUGAUUUGGUUGUUUGACAGCUCCUGUGCUUCUCAAAGCCAAGAAGCUGGAAGAAGUACAUCAUCUUCCAAAUCAGAGAGGACAUUAUGUAUGUGUUGUUGUGAUUUAGCUAAUGUUAUAUCUACAGCCAUGUUGCCAUCCUGGAAAGAGACAACAGUAGGGUGUUCUAUCCAUGUAAAAUACACUAGUUGAGAUAUAUAACGUGAUAUCAUACAUCAUUAUGUGUAUGUUUAAUGUUUAAUCUUGCAGUAUCUUCUACUAACGGUCCUCACUGCCUCUCUGUCUGUCUUUAUGGUUGACUGUGCAACCUGGACUCAGGGGUAAACGUAACAUAGUAAAUGCUAUUACAAAACACUUGAUUAGUAUGAUAUGUUAUGUUUCGUAUACGGUAUGUGGUAAUUUGUGGAUGUCCAUUAUCCAAUUCAUAUGACAUGUUAAGAAGUACAAUUCGUAUUCGUACGAUACGUUACGAAUAUGCAGUUUGUACGUAUUACGAAUUCCAAUUUGUUGUGGCUAAUGUUAGCAAGGUGGCUAACAUUAGCUAGACAAGGGGUUAGUAGUUAGGUUAAAGGGUUAAGGUUAGCUAACAUGCUAUUCAUUUGCAACGCCCGACCAUCCACCCAGACCAACCACCCUACUUUCAUACGUAACCUUCUGUCAUAUGUAACCAUACCAAACUUAACAUAUCAUACUAAUUUGGGUAUCCCGGAUUUACAUCUACUAUGUUACGUCUACUCUAUGAGACCAGGCAGGACUUAGACUUUCUCUGCCAUCACUUAAAACUGUUGCACUUUUUUCUAUUGUCCUUGUAUUUGAUGUGAGAGGAAGGGCUUAUUUUGGCUCUUGAAGUAUAAUCCAUGCUACAGUAAAUAUAGUUAGUUAGCCCUAAUACUCAGAAGUUAUCCUCAUGUUUCAAUAUGCAUUAUGUACAGUCAGAUGAUUUAUAUUUCAAUAAAUGAUUUAAUAGUG